AUGAAGGCGGCGCCGCUGCCACCGCCGGCGGACGACGGGGAGAUGGCGGCGUGGAAGGCGCCGGCCGCGAUGCUGCUGGUGCAGCUGUUCAACACAGGCAUGGUGCUGCUGUCCAAGGUGUCCAUCGGCGGCGGCAUGUUCGUCUUCGCGCUCCUCACCUACCGCAGCCUCUUCGGCGCCGCCAUCAUCCUCCCCAUCGCGCUCCUCCGGGAGAGGGGCAAGUGGAAAGAGAUGUACUGGCACGCCGCUGGAUGGAUCUUCCUUAAUGCGUUCAUGGGAUAUGCCAUACCAAUGAGCCUGUUCUACUACGGCCUUCAUGACACAACGGCGUCAUACGCCACUAUAUUCAUCAACUUAAUUCCGUUGGUAACCUUCAUACUCUCGCUCGUGUUCAGGAUGGGCAUGUCAGGAUCGCUUAAGAUUGUUGGAGCUGUGGUGUCCAUCGGGGGCACAAUGAUCAUCAGCCUAUACAGGGGAAAGAUUCUGCAUCUAUGGGGCUCUAUUCUUCGCCCUCACAAUGAAGAGCAUGUGGAUGCUGCAAGCCAUCAUCACCUACGUGGAGCAAUCUUGUUGGCAGGCAGCAGCUUAAUGUUUGCUUGCUGGUACCUAAUUCAGUCAAAGGUUCUCAAGGUAUUUCCGUACAAAUAUUGGUCAUCCAUGGCUACGUGCUUGGUUGGAGGGCUUCAGACAGCACUUGCUGGAGUCAUAUUUAGGAGGGACAAGAAUGCCUGGAAGAUAGGAUGGGAUAUAAACCUUCUGACCAUCGUUUACUCAGGGGCACUUGCAACGGCAGCAAAAUAUAGCCUGAACUCGUGGGCUGUAUCUAUGAAAGGCCCAUCAUACCCUCCAAUGUUCAUGCCAUUGUCCCUGGUGUUCACUGUUGUGCUAGGCUCUAUCUUCAUCGGUGACGACAUCACCGUUGGAAGCCUCAUUGGGACGGUUCUGGUGAUUGUUGGGACCUACAUCUUCCUUUGGGCCAAAGGAAAUGAGCGACUUGAAAAGUGA